GGGUUGCUGUUGCUGAAAAUAUGAUCCAUCAAAGAAGAGCGAAGAAGUUUUCCACGACAAUGGAGUCAAUCCAAGAGUUAUGCCGAAACGAUCCAUCGGUUGGCCGGAUAUGUAUUGACUACAUGCAAAAUCUCUCUAUUCCUUCGAUUCCUGUCCAGGAUACAUUUUACCUACACCAGUUGACAGUAUACGUCUUUAAUAUCGAUAAUUUGAAAACUGGUGAGUCGUUCUUCUACAUCUAUCAUGAAGGUUUGGGCAAGAAAGGACCCAACGAGGUUUGUUCUUUUGUCUUGGACCAGGGGCGGCUCGUGAUCAAAAUUUUGGGGGUUCACAGUAGCAGAAUAUAGAUCCCGGUACAGAUAUGGGUAAAAAACUGUCAGUGUUUUAG